ACAACAACAAUCUGAAUCUGGGAAAUGGUAUUCGCAUGGUGAUGAUUAACAAUGAUACAUGUCGCGAUCAUUUCUAUGGUUGCGAUGCAGUGAUGUUACUUAUGUUUGUGUCUCAUUUUAUAUGAGGAGUUUAUAUGGCCUUGCAAUAAAAAUUUUCAGGUUAAAUCAUGAAAAUGGAUGAUGAUAACGAACGGAAAGCUCUUGUGAAGAACGAAGAUGUCAGUAUAGACUAUGGAACACUAGCUGGAAACAUUCAAGGAAAGAAUCGUCAAGUUGAAGCAGAAGAAAGUUACAAAGUCCGAUGGAGGUCAAUCAAAAUCCUUUACAUGACAAUGUUUUUUAGCUCUAUCCAGUUUGCUAUAGUCAUGUCUUCGCUGUGGCCUUAUCUUCAAAAGGUGGACUCCACAGUUACUGCUAAUUUUCUUGGUUGGACAAAUGCAGGAUUCAGCCUGGGCCAGAUGGCUAGCUCACUUUUACUAGGAUUAUGGUGUCAGCAUCGCCCUGCAAUAGAACCUCUUCUCUUCUCAAUUCUUUUCCUCACAUCUGGAAGUUUGUUGUAUAGUUAUGGUGAAGCAUUUCCAGUUGACGGAAUCAAUUUGAUUUUAACUGCCAGGCUUCUGCUAGGUUUAUCUGCAGGCAAUGUAGCAGUUUGUCGUGCAGUGUUGUCCCAGUCAACAACAUUAAAGGAAAGAACAAAGGCAUUUGCAAACUUAGCAAUCUGGCAGGCUAUUGGAUUUGCCUUUGGCCCAGCAAUGCAAGUUGCAGUUGUUCCAAUCGGAGGCAAUGGCAUUCAUUUCGAUUCAAUGAAGUUAACCCUUGAUAUAUACACAGCACCAGGAUUUCUCGGCGUCAUCAUGGGUAUCAUAAACUUCGUUGUGCUGAUAUUUUUUUUCAAAGAAGUGAAAGUUGAUAUCUACGAAGGACAAAAGGACAUUCAUGUGGAUCUUAGUAGGCUUUUAUUAUUUGAUGUCAAUUUUUGUAAGCGACUUUCACUAUCAGUUUUAAGUUUGAAGCUUUAUGCGUUCAUCAGGCAACUUUUCAGCACUCAAUCCAGUGAGUUAACCAGACAAUGUGGCAUUUGUAGGUUGAUCUCGCCAUUGGUAAUGGAUGAAUUUGCUUGGACGUAUAAAGAAACUGUCUUAUAUGGUGGAAUUCUUUUGGCUGUAGCUGGGGUCAUUGCAAUCUUGUGCUUUCAUGUUGUCAAGUACUUGUCUUCAAAAUACGGCGAGAGAGCAGUGAUCGCAGGAGGAUUCGUAAUAAUUCUUUUGGGAUUUAUCACUUACAUUCCUUGGGGAAAUUCCUAUCCCCAGCUUCAGACAGAGGAACUGAUAAAAGGAACCAAUAAAACCAAGCUGACGUUGGGUUGCAAUCGAAAAUACACGUGGUGUACGACAACACCAAGACUUUAUUUUCCUCAGUUCCUCGUCGCUGCAACUUUAGUUGGUAUUGGGUAUCCUAUCGCAUUUUUGGCUGUGAAUACAAUGUAUUCAAAAAUAUUAGGCCCAAGACAACAGGGCGCAUACAUGGCCUUCAUCAGUUCUAUAGGUUCUCUUGCAAGGAUGAUUGGACCACUGGCAAUGGCACAAAUGUACAGUUACUUUGGACCUAGGUGGACAUACCUAUCAGUCAAUUUUAUAAUAACAGGGACGAUUCUUGUAUUUUCCUGCUACUACAAUCGACUAAUACCUUUUCAUGAUUAUGUCCGGCAGCAAAAUGUAGCCACAGCUUAGCUUGUUGGGUUCCUGAGCCUUUUCAAAGAACUUUAGCUAAGGGGGGAGGGGAGGGGAGGGGAGGGGGAGGGGAGGGGUGGGCCCAAGCCACCUAUUACUAAAGGAAGGUAUUGUAUUGCUGUAACCAUGAAAUUUCACUGUUGCAUCGGGCAAUCGCCUCCACAAUUAGUAUACUAAAACUGCCCAGUUGCUGUGUUGUGCUGCUUAAUUCGGGGGAAGUGGUGCGUGGAUGAAAGUAGCGGAAAAAAUUUGCCCUGUAAAAUCAAGACUAUUACAUCAUCGUCGGUAACACCGAAGUAGCGAAAACUUUGACUCAAAAGCUUUUGGUCCCACUAUAGGCUCUUCCCGGUAGCAGGGCUACCGAUACUUAUUUUCUCUUAGAGGGGAGCAUAAUCAAAUCGAAGAAAUUUGAUGUAAAUUUUUGGAAAUAAAGCAUGGUUUUGAAUAAAUCAGGAUGUAAUUUUUUGUAUGUAAUUGUAUCUCGAGAAUUGAUAAAAAAGAGAAACGUGAAGGGUUGUAAUUCAUUUUAAAUCUUAAUAUAUUUUUUGUUUAAUAUUAAUAUGAGUUUGAAAUUGUGUAUUAUGAUUAUUCUUCUUUUUCAAUAUGUUUUUAAAUGCCAAACACUUCGGAGUAACUUUCUUAUAUUGCACUAUCAGUUAGUAAUUGACAUCUUAUGAUUCAAAAUUUACGGUAUUUAUUUAAAAUCAACUGGUGGAGGCUGGCGGUUAAUUAAUUUUGCGUUGCUUUUGUAUUUGAAGUUGCCAUUUUGGAAAUGAAUUUGGCAUUGCCAUGUCUUUGAAGUCACCAUUUUAAAGCCUUUUAUUAAAUAUAGUUUGAAUAUGACAAGUACUAAUUGAAUUAGCUUCAUAUUAUGCCCAGGACGCCCUCUUUGACAAAGGCCUAUUUUGCAUACCAGUUGUCUGUGAGACUUGUAAAAAAAUAUAUUCAAGAACAAAGUAAUACGACGACGAGAAUCCAUACUAAUAUUUAGUCCCAGUAUACAGGGCUUCAUCAGAGUAAAAGAAAGGCCUACAUAAAGUUUUUAAAGUUCAUUUUCUUAUUUUUUUGUUUUUUCUAGUUUCAUAGCUCUUUGCAAACAAAUUAACCUAUCAGAAAAGCAAGGUAAAUAAAUUACAACUCUAUUUAAGAUCUUUAGAUGCAUCUUUGAGAAGACGACUUUGACAGUUCAUGUUUGCAAACAGCGUUAUUGCUAAUUCUUUGUAAGAGAAGUAAUGAUAACAUAAAAGCCUUGGAUGAUGAUACAUCACAGUCUUUUUCCCUCCCCACCCCUGUUUCUUAGGCUCAAGUACCUAGGGUAGCACUCUCUGUUCGCUUCCACCCUGGUCAAUUAUAGCUAGGCAAAAGAGCAACUUCUUUAAGUAAAAGAGUCAGAGUGAUCGUUUUUGACAAAAUAAUAUCAUAAAAUGAUCUUUCAAUCA